UUGGGUAGGUGGGAAGUGUCUUUGUCAGUCACUCAAAAAGUGACAAAAAGUUGAAAUAGACUGCAGCAGAGAGAAGGGCAGCAGGGCAAUGGAGCCGCAACAGAUCAGAGAGGGAUACCUUGUGAAAAAGGGUACAGUGCUAAACUCCUGGAAGGCAGUGUGGGUGGUGCUGUCAGAAGAUGCGUUGGAGUUCUAUAAAAAGAAAACAGACCGUUCUCCAAAAGGAAUGAUUCCGCUGAAGCAAGCUACGCUCACCAGUCCCUGUCAGGAUUUCGGAAAGCGGAUGCAUGUUUUCAAGAUAACCUCGGAGAAAAAGCAGGAUCACUUCUUCCAAGCCUCACAUGUGGAAGAGAGAGAGUGCUGGGUCAAGGACAUCAAGAGAGCCAUUACCUGCCUUCAGGCAGGAAAAAAGUUUGCCAGGAGAUCAACAAGACGCUCCAUUCGCCUGCCCGACCAAGUCAACCUGACUGAGCUGUACACAUUAAUGAAAGACCAGGAUGAUGGAGUGAGGGAGCUAAAAUUGGAGCAGGAGAAUCGUGUUUUCAACCACUGCUUCACAGGUGCUACAGUGGUAGAGUGGCUGAUCUCAAAGAACAAAGUGAGAAACCGGCCUGAGGCUCUCGUGUUAGCAGCAGGGCUCAUGAACGAGGGUUUUCUCCAGCCGGCUAGUGACCUGUCAAAAGAGGGAGCAGAGAGUGGAGAGCAAACAGCCUUCUUAGAUCAGACAGAAGCUCUAUAUUACUUUGCAGACAGCGGCUUCUUCUGCGAGGGCUACUCAAGUGAUGAAGAUGUGCUUUUGAAGGAAGAAUUCAGAGGAAACAUCAUAAAACAGGGCUGUUUACUCAAGCAGGGACAUAGGAGAAGAAACUGGAAGGUUCGAAAGUUCAUAUUGAGAGAUGACCCUGCUUAUAUGCACUAUUAUGAUCCAACAAAGGGUGAUGACCCUCUGGGCUCAAUUCAUCUCCGUGGGUCUGUUGUCACGGCUGUGGAGUACGUGCCUGAUGCCAAAAAAUAUGACAUUGAUGGCAACCUCUUUGAGAUCAUUACCUCGGAUGAGAAGCACUACUUCCUCCAGGCUGCCACAUCUGAGGAGAGAAAGGACUGGAUCAAGGCUGUGCAGACGGUGUCAAAGAGUGGAAAGUAACAGUGGCGUCUGUAGGAUGAGUCACAUUUCAUGCAUUUUAUUGUGAAAUCCGUCGUGCCGUCAUAAGAAAAUUACAAAAGUGCAAAGUAAUUCUAGAGUAGCUAGCAUGUAUCGCUCCCUUUUACACUAUCAACGUAAUGUUUAGUGUUUUUGUGCAGCUUGUUACUAAAAGAAAU